AGAUGGGAGCUAACAACUCCAGCCUCACUCCUUUGAACUGUAUCCUGAAAAACUGGGAUAGAUUUGAUCUCCAGAGCUUAAAGAAGACACGCUUGGUCUUCCUAUGUGAUACUACAUGGCCGCCGGUGGCCGGUUGAUAGGCCUGAUAAUCUACUUGAGCCUACUUCUGCUGACUCCAAAAAUCCUGAGUCUGCCAUUUGAUCCUCAAGACAAUGCCUUCCUGUCCUGGGCUCACUCCUACACUGCAUUCCACAAUCGGUCUAACUGCUGGGUCUGUGGAGCACUCCCCUCUUCAUCAGUGGAAGGCUUCCCGUGGUGGACAUCUCCACUUCAAGGAAAAGACUUUCUCCAAGUCUGCAAAUAUCUUCGACAACAAUCGCAUGUGAUGCCUUUUCUUAAACUGAUGACAUCUAACAACCUUAAGAUGGACUGAUGUAACUAUGGACAUAAUGUGACUU